AUGGCGAACCGUAUGCAUGCAACGCCCAUGGACUUCCAGUACGAGAAUGGCACUGGACCUCUAGACGAACGAUCACCCUUUGCACAAGUAGGCCGCAACUCCCAGCGCAACAACGGCGGCAGCAUCAACGACAGGAAGCGCAGCUACGCAGUAUUUGGAUCACCUAACAAGUCGGUCUUUCCCAGCCUUCGCGAACCCGCUUCUCAGCCACAUUUCUUUUCGUCGCCUAAACCUCUGCCUGCUCUGCCGCCAUCUAUGAGAAACAACCCUUUGUUCUCUACUCCGAGGAAACUGGACGUUGACGACUUUGCUUCUUCUGGCGGCGAGACACCCAAAUCACCUGAGCGCAACGACGUCGACAGUGACGCUACCCCCGAUAUGAGUUUAAGGUCAAAGUUCUCCAGUCUGGACACCAUGAGCAAGCCAGUAUUCACUGCUGGUAGCAAGAAAGAGAAGGAGAGGGAGUCUCCAUCACGCCGUCAGAGCUGGUGGAAGGGUAUCAAGGACAGUAUGGCUUCUUCACCACGUUCAAAAGACGACUAUGCACAUGGAGCCGAACGCAAGAUCAUGAGGAAAAGGAGCAAGGAACAAAAAGCCUUGGUUGCCCGAAGAGACAGCGUCUCGGACUCUGAGACAGAACAAAGGCCAAUCCAAGUCACAAAAUCACGCAAGGUCAGCGGCAAGCAGGAUAAGAGCCUGGACAUAGCCGCACCACCUCAAGAUCUUCGACAACAACAACAGCCACCAUUACAACAGCAGGAGCAACAGCAGACUCCACCUAGCAAACACUGGACUGUGACUCUGUUCGAAUUCAUCACCGCACAUCCAACACUACCCCACGUUCUCUCCUUCUACGCCCAACUGCUUCUCAACAUGUUCCUCAUCGGCAGCAUAAUGUACAUCCUUUACAGUUUCUGGGCCACCAUCCGCGGCGACGUGGACAAAAAGACGAGCAUCGCUGUUGCUGAAGUGCUAUCUCAAAUGGCAGCUUGCGCGAGAGAUUACAACAACAACCACUGCGAUCCAGCGAUUCGCCCUCCUAUCUUGGAAAAUGCAUGCAACAAUUGGGAGCAGUGCAUGAACCAAAACCCGCAUAAUGUUGGUCGUGCGAGAAUCAGUGCGCAUGCGUUUGCCGAGAUCUUUAAUAGUUUCAUCGAACCCAUUUCCUACAAAGCUAUGAUCUUCACAGUCCUGCUCAUCUUCGUCACCAUUGCCGGCUCCAACUUUGCAUUCAGCGUCUUCCGCGACAAGGCGGCUGAGAAUGCUAGUGCGCAGCAUCAUCACUAUUACAAUGGUGCUCCGCCUCCUACUCCCCAGCACUCGUACAACUCUGCGCUAGAGUGGAAUAAUCCGUAUCAGCAGGGUCAGCAGUUGGGACUUGAGCCUGCGGCUAGUGGACAGUAUGCGGCUGAUAGGGAGGCUUCGCCGGUGAGGAGGCUGCAGUUUCGCUGA